CUCUCACAGUGUGAGGCUAAGCAGAUCAAAGUCUUACUCUUUCUCAUCUCAUCUCAUCUUCUCACUCCAGCAUCGGCGAUCUCAAACCCCAAACCCUAUUUUGCUGCAAUGGACGACACCUUGUCCUACCCACCCAUCGAUCCCACCAAUUUCGACCUCAUAAUCGUCGGCACCGGCCUCCCGGAAUCCAUCCUCGCCGCCGCCGCCUCCGCUGCUGGAAAAACCGUCCUCCACCUUGACCCCAACUCCUUCUACGGCUCCCACUUCUCCUCUCUCCCUCUCUCCGACCUCACCUCCUUCCUCCAUUCCCAAUCCUCCCACCACUCACCUCCUCCCUCCUCCUCCUCCUCCUCCUGCUCCGCGGAUCACAUCGCCAUCGAUCUUUCCUCUAGCCCCAUGUACUCCGACCUCGACAUCUCCUCCCACUCCCCCGAACCCCUCCAACAUUCCAGAACAUUUAACCUCGAUUUGGCCGGCCCUAGGGUUUUCUUCUGCGCCGACUCGGCCGUUGAUCUCAUGCUCAAAUCGGGAGCGAGUCACUACAUGGAGUUCAAGAGUGUUGAUGCCAACUUUGUGUGCGAUGGCGAUGGGAAGUUGUUGAGUGUGCCCGAUUCGCGAUCGGCGAUAUUUUCGGAUACGAGUUUAGGCCUAGCUGAGAAGACCAGGUUGGGAUUUUUUUUUAAGCUUGUUGAUGGGCAUUUGAAAGCUGCUGUUGUUGGUUCUGAUGGUGGUGAUGAUAGUGGUAGGAGGAUUUCGGAUGAGGAUUUGGAGAGUCCGUUCGUUGAUUUCUUGAACAAAUUGCGAUUGCCACCAAAGAUUAACUCGACUAUUCUGUAUGCAAUAGCAAUGGCAGAUUAUGAUCAAGACAGCAUGGAAGUUUGUAAAGAUUUUCUGAAGACGAAAGAUGGAAUAAAUCGUUUAGCACUUUACCACUCAUCCGUUGGCAGGUUUUCUAAUGCACUUGGGCCUUUGAUUUACCCUAUUUAUGGUCAAGGGGAACUGCCUCAGGCCUUUUGCCGCCAUGCUGCAGUAAAAGGUUGUCUAUAUGUUCUUCGAAUGCCAGUAAAUGCUCUACUAAUGGACAAGGAUAGUGGGAGUUACAAAGGUGUUAAGGUGGGUUCUGGUCAGGAAUUAUUCAGCCAUCGGAUAGUCUUGGGUCCAUCAUUUAUUGUUCCAUCACCAUUACUUAAAUCUUCCCCAGAUAUCUUGCAAGCUAAAUUAAAAGAUUUUGGCCUACAAGAUUUUAGGGGUAAGGUGGCUAGGGGAAUAUGCAUAACAAAGAGUUCCUUAAAGCCAGAUGUUUCAACUUUUCUUGCGGUAUAUCCUCCUAAAUCUUUGUACCCUGAGCAGGUUGCGUCAAUCAGAGUUCUCCAGAUAGGUAGCAGUUUAGCUGUAUGUCCUUCUGGCAUAUAUGUUUUGUAUCUUUCAACUUUGUGUGGUGAUGCCAUUCAAGGGAAAAAAUCACUGCAUGCUGCUGUAAAUGCUAUUUUUUCAGUUCCUAUUUCUGGAACACCUGAAAAUAGUAACACAGAUGAAAGUGAGAAUGCAGACGUGAAGCCCACUUUACUUUGGAGUGCUCUAUAUAUACAGGAAAUGGCUACGUGUUCAUUUGGUUCCAUUUUCUCUACCCCUAUGCCAGAUGGGAAUCUAAACUACAAUGAUCUUCUAGAUGCAACUAAGAAGCUAUUUUACAUGAUGUUUCCAGAUGAAGAAUUCUUUCCGGAGACUGUGAGGCUGUAAUGAGGUCAUCAUGUUUUCUAUUGCACUUGGGCCUUUGAUUUACCCUAUUUAUGGUCAAGGGGAACUGCCUCAGGCCUUUUGCCGCCAUGCUGUAGUAAAAGGUUGUCUAUAUGGAGUUCUGCUGUCAAGCCGCUUUCUUGGGACAUACGGCUCAAAAUAGCCGUUGGUGCAGCACGGGGCCUUGCUUUCUUGCACACAUCAGACAAGAAAGUCAUUUACAGGGACUUCAAAGCAUCUAAUAUACUGCUUGAUGGGAAUGCAAAAAUCUCAGAUUUUGACUUGGCGAAAUUGGGGCCCUCAGGUGAAGAAUUGCAUGUGACAACACAAGUUAUGUUGCUCCAGAAUACGUUGCAACAGGUCAUUUAUACGUGAAGAGCAACUUGUAUGGUUUCUGUGUUGUGCUGCUGGAAAUGCUGACAGGUUUGCGGGCACUUGAUUCCAAAUGCCUCAGGUCAUUGAUUGGGCAAAGCCCUUUCUCUCCAACUAAAGGAAGCUGAAAUCAAUUAUGGAUGUGCAGAUAGAAGGGCAAUAUUCUAUCUUUGAACGGAUCGAAA